UGCAAAGGAGAACAUUGUUUUUCAACAAUAAUAUUGUGUUUAAUGACUUAUUUUUAAGUUUAUUUAACAUUUUUUAAAUAGUGUUUGUGCUCAUCAGAAUUACAGUUGCUUCUAACAGUUUCUAAAAUAAGGUGAAAGGAGUACAGAUAAUCCAUCAAAUUCAGAUAAAAACGUCGGUAACUCGAGUUCCCACUCUAACCUCCUGAAAAAUUCGAUUUAUAUUAUAUUAUUGAUCGAUCUCUCACAAUGACCCGUCAUUGGGCGACGAGCUUGUUAAUCAUCGCGCAGAUAUAUAAUGCAGCAUUGGGCGUAAAAUAUGAUCAAGCUCUAUUUGUCAAAACCGAUGACAUAAGAAAAGCAAGAGAAAUACACACGAAAGUAGCCCAAAUAGCUCCAAACCCUAUGGACCAAACGGUAGACCAUAUACUCACAUGGCUGCAAACAAGAUACCAAAAUCAACAGAACCAGCGUUCGGCUCGCCAGAACAAUAUCGAACAGCGUCCUCGUCCAUUUGGAGUCUCUCCUGCUCAAUCGGACUUCCGGGGUUAUCUACCUCCGCAACCGUCACCAAAACCGGAGUUCAUCAUACCAACAACCUCAUCCCAAUACCAGCCCACCGCCACUUCGUCUGCAGCCAUAAACCCAUUCUUUGGACAGACUCUCGAACCCAGUCAGUCUGUACCACCUUCAGAGGAUACGCCACCACAGCCUCAGGCACCGAUUGCUGGCUCUGAAAUACAACCCUCAUUGUCACCAGACGCUUCACCACAAACACCGGGCUUCGUGGACGUACCGACUAGUUUUCAGGUCAUUAAUCCAUCGUUGCAACCAGAAUUGGAAAACCCACAAAACUUACAAUUCAACACCAACGAUAUUAUACACCCCCCACACAUACACGAGAUGAACGUGCAGUGUUCAAAAGACAUGAUGACCAUCAAUGUCGAAUUUAACAAACCGUACUAUGGCAUUAUUUACUCAAAGGGGUUCUACAACUCACCAGAGUGCAGAUAUGUGAACCCGAAUUCCGGCCAGACGAAAUAUUCCUUCAGAGUGAUGUUGAACUCUUGCGGGACACGUUUCGUCGAUGAAUUCUCUUCGGGUAAACAGUCAUACUUAGAAAACGUAUUGGUCGUGCAAAACGAACCGGGUAUACAAGAAGUCUGGGAUGUCAUACGUAGUGUCAGAUGUCUGUGGGAAGGUAAUUUAAACAAAGCUCUGUCUAUCGCGUUGAAUAUUGGUAUGUUGAACCAGGAAGUGGUAACAUUCAGCGGAGAUACAGCAACUGCCCGACUGGAUAUCCAAGCCGGCAAAGGACCAUUCGCCCCGAUCGCUAAUGGUCUGGUAAAAAUUGGCGAGACUAUGACGUUGGUUGUGACGGUGGAUGGUGACCCCGGAUUUAACGUUUUAGUUAGAGAAUGUGUGGCCCGUGAUAACAACCCAGAGUCAGGCAAUCAACUGCAACUGACCGACGCCCAAGGGUGCGUCGCGAAACCCAAACUUUUCGGCAGCUUCCAAACAACAACGAACCCGGCUACCGGAUCGUUGAUAGCCUACGCUUAUUUCCAAGCAUUCAAAUUUCCGGACGUCAUGGACCUGUUGAUCGAGUGCAACGUCGAACUAUGCAAAUUCAACUGUCAGCCGUGUUCGGAAACUAAUCAAAAAAUCGAUCCCGGUCGUAAAAGACGAGACGUGUACAAUAUUGCGACGAAUGGUUCGACAAUCAAUACGUCCGACGAUAUUGCGGAUUCCAUGAUGUUGGUCGGCCGCGUACACGUAUACUCGCCCGACGACCUACUAGCCGACAAUUUCAAUCAGACCGCCACCGACGUAUUCGAUCCGCUUCAAGCAUUCACGAAGGGCGAUAGAACUCUAUGCAUCUCAUCAAAAAAGUUUUACAUGACGUAUUCGUUUAUGAUCGCAGUGACAUUAAUAUCGAGUGCAAUGAGCAUGGUCUUAUGGAUUCGAUUACAACGCAAGAUCUAUAAAGAUUAAAAAAUCACUGUAAAUAUAGAAAAUAUGUUUUAAAUGAUUUUUUUCGAGAUCAGAUUUUAUCAUGU